UCCCCACAGAUGAAACACAUUUCUCAAACUUGUCCAAAACACUAGCAUUGCCUGAACCAAAGAAAAGAACUUGGCCAUCAAAGAAUUGGGUUAACUUACUGGUUUGCUGGGGUUUUGUUCUGAUUGUUGGGAAAAAAUGGACAGCAAGAGCUAUGAUAAUGAUCUUAACCUCAACCUCAAGGCAACCGAGCUGAGGUUGGGGUUGCCGGGAUCAGAUGCAAGCGAAGAUCAAGCAGUGCUGGUUCCCAGUAGUGCUUUAAAUAAGAAGAGAGCAUUGCCUGAGAAAAGUGAAGAAGUGAUUGGAUCCAAGGGGAACACUGAUGAUGCUGAAAAGAUAACUGCUCCUCCUGCAAAGGCACAAAUAGUGGGGUGGCCACCAGUCAGAUCUUACAGGAAGAACUGCCUUCAGGCCAAUAAGAUUAGUGAGGCUGAGACUCCUGGGAUUUAUGUGAAAGUGAGCAUGGAUGGGGCACCUUACCUCAGAAAGAUUGAUCUGAAGGUUUACAAAGGUUACCCAGAUCUGCUAAAGGCUCUAGAAUCCAUGUUUAAAUUCAUUGUAGGCCAAUACUCAGAGAGGGAAGGCUACAAAGGAUCAGAUUAUGCACCUACUUACGAGGACAAAGAUGGUGACUGGAUGCUAGUUGGAGAUGUUCCAUGGGAAAUGUUCAUGUCAUCCUGUAAGAAGUUGAGAAUCAUGAAAGGGUCAGAAGCUAGAGGCUUGGGCUGUGGUGUAUGAGCCAGGGCAACCCAUAAGAGCAGGAGAAGAAAAAAUAUUAAAGAAAUAUAUACAUCACUCAGGGAGAGAUCAAAAAUCUCAAAGCUCGGGUUUUCGAAGAAGAUACAUAUUCGGAUCUCAGUUUCCUCACUGACUCGUCGAUCUUCUUUGGAGUUGUAACAAGGGAUUAUAGAGAAGCAGAGAGAAUGUCUAGUGGAUGUUACAUAAGUUUGUCAGCAAAGAUUUGUUGUGGGUUUGCGCAUAUGUGAUGCUUUCCUGUUGUUUCUGAUGAUUCAGUCAAACCAAAACAGCAUACAGCUGAGAGGUUUUGGUUCCAGUUAGAUUUGUAUAAAUGGAAUAUGUAUGAUAUGUAUCAAGUUUUGGUUUUCAGUUAUAUAAAAUUGAUGAAUAUAUAGAAAGUUAUA